AAGAAAGAAAAGCCCGUGUACAAUUUUCAUUGGAAAUUCCAAAAAGAAGAGAGUAGGCAGUUUGGCGCCCGAGCGUGUGUUGGCUGGUUGGUUUCCCUCCUCGCAGGCUCUUAUCACCCACUUUAGGCUUAGGGCUACCCAUCCACUUCAUUUUCCGGUCACUCUCUCAUGGACAAUCCCUUCGACCACCAUGUUCCUCCGCCACACGCCACCGUCACCGCAGCUGACUACGGAGUCUCCGAUGACGACGAGGACGAAGAAGAGGAAGAGGAAGAGGAAGAGGAAGAAGAAGAAGAAGAAGAAGAUGACAACGAAGAGGACGAAGAUUCAUCGCCUAGGGCUUUGCCAGUGGCUCCUUCCACAACUUCUAAUCCACAGCCAAUUGUUAUCACCGUGGAAUCGCAGUCUCAUAGCAGCUUCGGAGACGACGACGUAAGCAACAAGCGCCGCAAAACGGAAGGCCGAGAGGCGUCGUCUUCGUCUUUGGCAAUUGAUGGCAGUCAAGGCAGCGAGUGGAACCGCACUGACAUUGACGGCCUCUUCUGCCCUAUCUGUAUGGAAGCUUGGACCAACAGCGGCGACCACCAAAUCUGUUGUCUUCCUUGUGGACACAUAUAUGGUAUGUCUUGUAUAAAAAGAUGGCUUCAACAGCGACGAAGUACAGGCAAGUGUCCACAAUGCAAUAUAAAAUGCUCAUUAAAGGAUGUGAGGAAGCUCUAUGCAUCUCAAGUAGUUACUGUUGAUGAUGAAUCUCAGAAGAAAAUUCGGUCGCUUGAAGCCAAAUGUGCUGCGCUGGAAAGUAAGGGUGCUGAUUGGUGUGCGAAAGAGGCUCUAUGGAGGAAAAGAGAAGCUGCAUACCGUCUGGAAAUUCAGAAGCUUAAAGCGCUGCUACUGGAUAUGGAGAGAAUGCAUUUUGAACUCAUAGAUGGCACUCAGGAUUAUCAGUGGAGAUCUGAAAAGGAGCAAAAUUUUAGCUUAAAGUCCCAUGUAAAAGCAUCUUUUUGCAAUUUUGCAUUACAGAAAGCAUUUAAUAUGGAUGAUGCACGAGUAUUUGAUAUGGAUGUAUCCAAUCAAAUUUUACUAAUUGCACGAAAGCCAAGGGUGAUAGGUGGAGCAGACUUUCUAACUAAAAUGAGCUUGAUACCUCCAUUCGAUAUGGAAGAUAUCUUAUUGCCUUCUACUACAGAGGGUAUUAGAGACCUACAUAUUUCUCCUUCUGAUAGAAGCCUAGCCCUCUAUGCUUCAACAGGGAAGAAGUUAUCAGUGCUCAGUGUGCAGAGCAAGAAUACUGUUGUCAACUAUGAUCUACAGGUUCCUCCUUGGUCGUGUUCUUGGGAUCUCAACAGUUCACAUUACAUGUAUGCUGGACUUCAGAAUGGUUGUGUCUUGGUGUUUGAUAUACGACAAACUGCAGGACCCAUGAAGUCUUUAGUUGGAUUGACUAGCAACCCUGUUCAUACUGUUCAUUCUCUUCUGCAAACUUCAUGUCUUCCUAACUCCAUCUUAUCUGCAUCUGCCGUUGGCCUUUGUCAGUGGAACAUUGAUUCUGAAGAAGGGCCAUUCAUGCUUCCUGAAACUGAUAACCAAGGAGUUUGUAUAUCCCUUGCCUAUUGCCCUAGCAGUGAUGACAUUGUUGUUUCAUACCGUCCGAAAUUUGACAUGUCAAUGGGUACGCAGCUUUCUCAACUAUCAUCCAGAACUGAUUAUUUCAAAAAGAUGGGUUUCUCGAAUGCCAAUCCAAGUAAAAUUCGAUUUCCAAAACAUGCUAUUAUAGACAUAGAGGGUCAAAGAAGUUUGUUUGCAGCUGUAGAUGAAGCAACGUUUGAAUUGAUCUUGCAUGAGCUGCCUUCUUUUAGCGUCAACCAACGAUUCAAACUGCCUGCUCAGGCUCGUGAUAUUAGGUACUCUCGGAGCUGUGGAAUUCUUGGCUGUUUGAGUGAGACGACAUUGCAACUUUUCUACACCAAAGUCUUGUGAAAAGGUAAUUUUAUUUUGCAAUAUUUGAAGAAAAAUGGAGUUCUUUUUGUUUUAUAAUCAUAUGAACCCGAGAAAAAUGUAGGUUGUCCUUAACCUAGAGCAGCAGAUAUUUAUUGAUUUGCAAUUUUGGAUAGAGCCUAUGUAUGCUUUGUUCGUUUUACUGUAAAUAUGCAAUGAAAACUAUAAGUGAAUGAAAGAUUGAAAAGUAUGAAAUGAAUUUGUUAGGAA